AUGUCUGAUCAAUCCAGCGCCCAACAACCUAGCUUUCUUAGCGAUGUUUUCAAGCUACCCCUCCCAGAUCUUCCUGAGAUGCGGAGUGCCAAAACAUCCUCGUCCACUAAAGGUCCAACGGACGCACAAAGAACAAUGCUAGAGCGCAAGCAGCUACGGUGGGUCAUAUAUGACGAAGACUUGGCUGAACGGGUGGCCCAGAAAGCCGACGCGAUAGCGGCAAAAGUCGAGAUUGACGAACGCGACGACACUCUGCGGACUAGCUGGCGUGGAAGAGUGUAUCCACCGCAUACAUCAACUCUUCUGACUCGCAUGGUUAACAGUGAAGAGGACGCUCGGGAAUGGAUCCAUCAGGUCCUCGUUCAUCCAGCACUGGCCUGUGUUAGAGCCACGCGAGGCAAUGGAAUCGGUGGUAUAGUGGGCGAGCAGCUGUAUAUUGCUUCUUCGCCAGCCGAGGAGGCGAAAGCCAUUGCCGAUGGCCUCUUCUACACUGACCGGUUCAGUAAGAAGCGGUUCGAUAAAAUUCAGAAAAACCCAUAUAUUGCUGACGGUGCAUUGAGUAAUGCUGGUAAAAGAGCUGCGCGAUUCUUGUGGCCUGGGCCGGAUGCAGAAAGAAUCCAUCAUGAUACGAAGCUUUUGGUCCAAGUGUGGACGGAGAUGCUUGACAACAACGUACAGCAUGCAGUUCUCACAAGUUAUGAAACCACGUUGUUUUUCUACCGCCCGCUUGAAGAUUUGAACACACUCUUCAUGUCCAAGUCUUAUCGAAUUGAAGCCGGAAUGCAAAAUGACCCUACUCUGCGGGCCAUCUAUGCAUGGAUGCUGUCCGCUUUGGGCAGUCUUGACGUCGAACUGCCAAGGGUAGACGCAGACUGGAAGACAAGACUCACCACCUAUCUCAAGGAGCAUCCAGAAGAAGAUACUGUGAGACACGGGGUUGAUGUCGGUUCCGUCGAAAGCGUAGGGGAAGGCUUGAGGACUGCGCAGGCACGGCACGAGACCGGCACUGGCCGCGACACGCGGAGCAUCACCAGCUACCGCGACCGCCUCCAGAUGUACGCAGAUCCCCCCGUCCCUCACGGAGCAGCACCAGGGGAGGACGAAGCCCCGUCUGAACGUUCCAGCACGACGGGAAGGACCACGCCCCAUCCCCCUCCACCCAGUCCGGACACGACACCCAAGGCGUCGAGGGUAUUGCCGAGAUCUGCGCCCUCCGCGCAUGAACCACCGCGCUCCAUGGUGCCUCCUGACGAUCGCCAAGAGGGUUCGUCGAGAAGCGGGAGGCACCACGCAGCCCAGCGCGGCACGCGAGGGAGCGGUGCAUCGCGGGGUCGCCAGGGCGGCCGGAAGGGGGGCGACGUGCUAUAG